AUGCAUGUGCUGUUGGUGUGCUUUGAAAGGCGUCCAAUCGUGGCCUGCGCAGCGGAGUCAGACACCGAAAUAUCCGGGUACACGCCGGCGGACUUCAUCUCGUACUCGGAGGACCCCCAGCACUCCUGCUACCACGUGACAGAGGCGGUCGUUGCGGCGCCGGUGGACGUGUGCUUCGCGUUUUGGAAUGAGUGGCAGCGGCUGGUUGACUUUCUGGAUCUGAUAGGGCAGAUCGGCUUGGAUGACAAGUCUCCAGACAUGGCGCUUUUUCAGUGCUACUACCGCUGGGCCAAGCUCCCUGUCAUGGAGAUAACAUUCCUGCUGCAGAAGACAGUGGCGGAGCCCGGGCGCCGCAUCGACUUCCACUCCGUUUGGGGCAUGCCCUUGCACGGCAACGUGCAGCUCUCGGACGAGCCGGACGCAGGCGCCGGCGGCGCCCCCAGGACACGCGUGCGCCUGGAGUUCACCCACCCGAUUCCCAACCUCCUAGUGGAGCUGAAAAUAGGGACUUUUGGGAUAGAAUCGCACAUGCAGGAGAUAUUGAAGGAGAACAUGCAGGAUUACAAGGCGGCCGUGGAGGCCGCCGCGGGCACGCCGCCGCCGGGCGCCGCGCCCGCGCCCGGGCCUGGGGAGAAGGCGCCAGGCGCGCUGCGGCGGCGGACGGAGGGGCUGAAGCGCGAGCAGGAGCAGCGGGCGGAGGGCGCGGCGGGGCCGUCGGGGCGGGGCGCGGAGGCGGGCGAGGGGAGGCAGCGGCGCAGCCGGGCGGCGUCCGGCGCGGGCAAGGCGGCCGCUGUAGGCGACGAUGCGGCGGCGGCGGCGCCCAAGCGGCGCUCGACCUCCGUCCGCAAGACGGCCAGCGCCGCGGCGGCGCAGCAGCAGCAACAGCAGGAGGAGGGCGGCGGCGGCGGCGGCGGCGCUGGCGGCGGCGCGGGGGAGGGCUCGUCGCCGCCGCCGGCCCCGAGGCGCGGGCGGCCCCCAAGCCGGCGCACAUCAACGGCAAGCAGCAACGGCGCGGCGCCGCCGCCCGCGGGGCCCGAGGCUCAGAACGAGUCCGGCACGGCGGCGGGCAGGCGCGGGCGCCCGCGCACCACCACCUCGCGGUGA